CAUCCGACACUUCUCAAUCUGAAUCUCUCUCUCGCAAGUCUCAACUCCCCAACCCAAAUCACAACAACGAAAGUAGAAAGUAGAAAGUAGAAAGCAGAAACCUUUCCCAAGAAACAAACCCAAACAGGAUUAAACAUGGGCGGGGGCGAAGAAGACAAGAAGUCCAGCAGUGGUCAUCAGCAUCAUCAUCCUCCUUCUCCUCCUCCUCCUUCUGCUCCAGAGUAUGGAACGUUCCAAGGAGUCGCCAACUACCCUCCUCCACCGCCUCCCGGCGGCUUCCCUCAGCCGGUUCCUCCGCCUGGAGCCACUGUCCCACCGCCUCAGUACUACGCUCAAGGCUAUCAGGGCACCGUUCCCGGUUAUGCAGUUGCUGAGGGAAGACCUGUAAGAGAGCGUCGCCUGCCUUGCUGUGGUUUGGGGCUCGGCUGGUGCCUGUUUAUCAUUGGUUUCUUCCUCGCUGCUAUUCCGUGGUAUGCUGGGGUGAUUAUUCUAGUUUGCUCCCGGAUUGACUACCGAGAGAAGCCAGGAUAUAUAGCUUGCACAGUUGCUGCUAUUCUUGCUACAAUUGCUGCUAUCCUCGGUGCCACAAAGGGAAGUGAUGACUGGUAGUCUCACAGAGACGACUUGUAUAGCUGUUGAUGCAUAUUCGGUUUCCAUGAAAGAUUAUAAGGGGUAUCAAUUAGCCUAUAAACAUAGUUCUUGAACUUGUGGAAGUCACUGUAAUAUCUCCAGGAUUCAUGUUGGUAUUGUAAUAUGUAGCUCAAACUGUGAAUGGUACAAUGAAAAUGUGAAAAGAUGAUUAUGUUGAUUA